AUGAGUGACCCGCAGGCACUGCGGGCUCUGCAGGUCCCCCGGGCUGCCGUUGCCGAUCCCGCCAAACUUGCCGCAUGGGCUCAGAGGAAACUUUGCUGGGUUCCCGAUCAGAACGAAGGAUUCCUGCUGGGAUCGAUCAAGUGAGUUGCCCAGUCGUCAUCACAAAACGUUUUCUGUUUCCAGAGGCGAGAGAAAUGACGAAGUGAUAGUCGAACUCUGCGAUUUGGGGCGCCAAGUCAUCAUGAGCCGAGACGACGUUCAGAAAGCGAACCCACCAAAAUUCGACAAAAUUGAAGACAUGUCUGAACUCACGUACCUGAACGAAGCAUCUGUUUUGUACAAUUUGAAGGAGAGAUACUACAGCAGUCUGAUUUACGUAAGUUCAACCAACACGGGAUGCAAAAGCCGCAAUGUCUUUGGAUUUCAGACAUACUCUGGACUGUUCUGCGUGGUCAUCAAUCCAUACAAAAAGCUGCCAAUCUACUCAGAAGACCUGAUUGAAGAGUUCAAAGGCAAGAAACGGCAUGAGAUGCCUCCACACAUCUUUGCAAUUGCUGAUACCGCGUAUAGGUCGAUGCUUCAAGGUAGAAGAGUUGAAAUUAAUUCAAGCAACUAGAAAUGGAUAUAUUUCAGAGCGAGAGGAUCAAUCCAUCCUGUGUACAGGAGAGUCUGGUGCCGGUAAGACGGAGAACACUAAGAAAGUGAUUCAGUACCUCGCGCACGUCGCUGGAGCCAUCAGAAAUAAGGGAAUGAAUCCAGCGCUUGCACAGAAUGUUGUCCAAAAGGUGAGCAAAAAAUUUUCUGGCACUCAGAACGAGAUCAGAGUCAGAACCUAGGAUGCUUUAUAAAGUUCUCAGCAAAACAGUUGUAAUUCUCAUUUUAGCCGGAUUCCCGAAACCCGAUCGUAAGUGAAAACAUGUGCAUAUCUUUGAGUCUUGAUGUGACUUGUUGUCGUGACAUUGUCGUGAUUACUGUUAUCAUUCUUUGUCUCAUUUCCUAUUUUAUUUCUCAUGUUCAUUCUUCACAAAUCACAACCAAAAACCGUCUUUUCUAAUAUGUCAAUACAAAACGAUGUAACUAAUCUUGUCAAACGUGCCAAAUUCAAACUGAAACUUCUUAAUCAGUGCCUCGUUUCCCAUUCAAACCCUCAGCUGCAAAUUUUGCUUCACUUAAAUCAUAUUUAAUUUCUCCAAAAUGAGCUUUAUCCGUUUCCCGAUAAUGCUAAAAUCCUAUUCAAAUUGUCGUUGUCUUCACGACCAGGUUGCUUACCACAGAAGUGAUCUGCUGUGUGAUUCACUGCUCACAUGUGCUAUCAUCCAACCCAACAAUUGUGUGUUUCAGGGCGAGUUGGAACAUCAGCUUCUUCAGGCGAAUCCGAUCCUUGAAGCUUUUGGUAACUCGAAAACUGUCAAGAACGACAACUCAUCCAGAUUUGUGAGUUUCUCAUCAUUAUCCUUCCUAUACAAUGCUUUCAUUUCAGGGAAAAUUCAUCCGUAUCAACUUUGAUAUGAGCGGUUACAUCAGUGGAGCCAACAUUGAAUUCUAUCUCCUCGAAAAGUCGAGAGUUCUCCGACAAGCCCACGAUGAGCGCAGUUUCCACAUCUUCUAUCAGAUCCUCCGAGGAUGCAGUCCAAAAGAGAAAAGUAGGUUGAGUCAUACAAACGGCGGCAACGAAUUGUUGUUUAAUAGAAUCUGUUCAUAUGUGAAUCACAUAUGACUCAUUCAAACAUGAGAAUCGGAACUGAGAAAAGAAUUGCCGAUGACGAUAUAUCAUUUUAUUUUUCAGAUGAAUACCUCCUCGAAUCUGUCGACAACUACCGAUUCCUGGUCAACCGUGGAAUCACUCUUCCAAAUGUUGAUGACGUGCAGGAGUUCCACGGCACCAUCAACUCGAUGAAGAUCAUGGGUUUUGUCGAUGAUGAAAUCUCUUGUAAGACAGAAAUAACCAUUCCCAUGAAUCGAAAUGUUUUGCAGCCAUCCUCCGCGUUGUUUCCGCUGUACUGCUGCUUGGAAACUUGGAAUUCACACAAGACAAGAAGAGUGACCAAGCAACUCUUCCAGACGACAGAGUCAUCCAAAAGAUCUGCCAUCUCCUCGGACUUCCAGUCAUUGAGCUCACCAAGGCAUUCUUACGCCCACGCAUCAAGGUCGGAAGAGAAUUUGUGAACAAGGCACAGAACCAGGAGCAAGCCGAGUUUGCCGUCGAAGCAAUUGCCAAGGCCUGUUACGAGAGACUGUUCAAAUGGCUUGUCACCAGAAUCAACAAAUCCUUGGACAGAACUCACCGCCAAGGCGCGUCUUUCAUCGGAAUCCUGGAUAUUGCUGGAUUCGAAAUCUUCGACAUCAACUCUUUCGAGCAGAUUUGCAUCAACUACACUAAUGAGAAGCUGCAACAACUCUUCAACAACACCAUGUUCAUUCUUGAGCAGGAAGAGUAUCAAAGGGAAGGAAUCGAAUGGGACUUCAUUGACUUUGGACUCGAUCUCCAGCCAACAAUCGAUCUCAUUGAGAAGCCAAUGGGAGUCUUGGCUCUUCUUGACGAGGAAUGUCUUUUCCCGAAGGCCAACGACAAAACGUUUGUCGAAAAGCUACAAAAGACGCACAACAAACAUCCAAAGUUCAUCGUGCCAGACAUGCGUUCCAAGAGCCACUUCGCCGUUGUUCACUAUGCCGGAAGAGUCGACUAUUCAGCUGAUCAAUGGCUCAUGAAAAACAUGGACCCCCUCAACGAGAACGUCGUCGGACUCAUGCAAAACUCGACGGAUCCAUUCGUCGCUGGAAUCUGGAAGGACGCUGAGUUUGCGAGCAUAUGCGCCGCCGAGAUGAACGAAACCGCAUUUGGAAUGAGAUCUCGCAAAGGAAUGUUCCGUACCGUCUCUCAGAUGCACAAAGAGCAGCUCACCAGACUGAUGACCACUCUCCGCAACACUUCUCCUCACUUCGUCCGUUGCAUCAUUCCGAACCACGAAAAAAAGGCCGGAAAGAUCAACUCGAAUCUUGUCCUGGAGCAGUUGAGAUGCAAUGGAGUCCUGGAAGGAAUCAGAAUUUGCCGUCAAGGAUUCCCCAACCGUGUGCUCUUCCAGGAGUUCCGUCACCGUUACGAAAUCCUCACUCCCGACGUCAUUCCCAAAAAUUUCAUCGAUGGAAAGGAAUCUGUGCGCAAGAUGAUCACCGCGUUGGACAUUGAUGCCAAUUUGUACAGAAUCGGACAGUCCAAGGUGUUCUUCAGAACCGGAGUUCUUGCCCAUCUCGAAGAAGAAAGAGACCUCAAACUGACGGCUCUCAUCAUGAAUUUCCAAGCGCAGUGCAGAGGAUUCCUUUCGAGACGUCUUUACACCAAAAGGCAGCAACAAUCCAGUGCUAUCCGUAUCAUUCAACGCAACGGACUCGCCUAUCUGAAGCUACGAAACUGGCAGUGGUGGCGGUUGUUCACCAAGGUCAAGCCUCUUCUCCAAGUUACCCGUACUGACGACGAAAUCCGUGCCAAGGACGAUGAAUUGCGCGCAGCCAAAGAACGUCUGCUCAAGAUGGAACACGAGUUCCGGGACAACCAAAAGAAGCUGGAUCAGGUUAGCGGGAGAUAUGUUUGAUCACGAAAGCAUCUCAAUUGGUUCAUUUUCUCACGGUUCUUUUUUUCAGGUGAUUGUCGAGCGAGCAGUCAUCCAAGAACAACUCCAGCAGGAAUCCGACAACAGUGCUGAACUCGAAGACCUCCGCAAUCGUCUGCAAGCUCGGAACCAGGAGCUCGAAUACGUCGUGAACGAUAUGAGAGAACGUCUGUCUGAGGAAGAGCAACAGAAUGAGAAGAGCAAUGAGGAGAGAAGAAAACAACUGGUAGGUGUUGAUGUGAUUAGUUAGACAAACGAGUGUUGUUUUAGGAAACUGUUCGUGACUUGGAAGAGCAGCUCGAGCAGGAGGAACAAGCCAGGCAGAAAUUAUUGCUCGACAAGACCAACGUCGAUCAGAAACUCCGCAAUCUCGAAGAGAGACUGGUUGAACUCCAGGACGCUUACGAUAAGCUUUUGAAAGAAAAGAAGAUCCUCGAGGAGAAGGUCGAAGCACUCACAACCCAGCUUCUAGAGAACGAAGAAAGAGCCAAGCACGGAAUCAAGGCGAAAGGACGUCUCGAGAAUCAGCUGCAUGAGCUCGAACAAGACCUCAAUCGCGAACGUCAGUUUAAAACAGAAUUGGAUCAGCAGAAGAGAAAGUUGUUGGCCGAAUUGGAGGACAGCAAGGACCAUUUGGUGGAGAAGAUGAGCAAGGUUGAGGAACUGAACAACCAGUUGAUCAAGAGAGACGAAGAACUCCAACAUCAGUUGACGAGAUACGAUGAGGAGUCGGCGAAUGUAGCUCUGAUGCAGAAGCAGAUGAGAGACAUGCAGACAACCAUCGAUGAACUCCGCGAGGACAUUGAGACCGAACGGAGUGCUCGCAACAAAGCGGAGAUGACGAGAAGGUUGGUAUAUUUGCAAACAAUUAGGCGGCUCAUAAGAAUAUUUGUUUUGUUUUGGCACCCGUUGACAGUCCUGAUUGGUUCAUUCUGAUCGAUAUGCCUGCUUAUCUGAUUAUUCCAAAAUUUCUCUUCAGAGAAGUCGUUGCCCAGUUGGAGAAGGUGAAAGGAGAUGUGCUCGACAAGGUCGACGAGGCUACCAUGCUCCAAGACUUGAUGGCCAGAAAGGAUGAGGAAGUCAAUGCUACCAAGGUAACACAUUUGAUAGAGAACACUUUCUAUAUAUAAAUUUUUCCAGAGAGCUAUUGAGCAAAUCCAACAUACUAUGGAAGGCAAAGCUGAGGAGCAGAAAGCCAAAUUCAGCCGUCAACUGGAAGAGCUUCACGAUCAAAUUGAGCAGCACAAAAAGCAGCGCAACCAAUUGGAAAAACAGCAGAACCAGACUGACCAGGAACGUGCAGAAAUGGCCCAAGAGAUUGCUCUUCUGCAAGCGAGCCGAGCUGAAAUUGACAAAAAGAGAAAGAUUCACGAAGCACAUCUUCAAGAACUUCAGGCUAGUCUGGCGGAGAAUGAUGAAUACAAAAGGGCGUUGAUUGAUCAGUUGGAAAAGGUAACAUUUCGAAAUACCUCCCCUACUCUAUUAAUAAAUUUCCAGAGCCGUGACGAGUUGGAUCAUCUGACCCGUGUUCGCGAGGAAGAGGAAGCCGCGUUCGCUGGAAUGCAACGUAGAUUGGCUGCAGCUGAAGGACAGAUCCACGACCUGAACGAGCAGAUUCAAGAAGAGACCCGCGUCAAACUCGCACACAUCAACCGAGCCCGCCAGCUUGAAGAUGAGAAAAAUGCUCUUCUUGAUGAGAAAGAGGAAGCUGAAGGUCUUCGUGCCCAUCUUGAGAAAGAAAUCCAAGCCGCUCGUCAAACUGCUGGAGACGCUCGCAGAAAAGCAGAGGAAGCCGUCACGCAACAAAUGGAAGAGAUCAGAAAGAAGAAUCUGAGAGACGUCGAACAUCUCCAACAGCAGUUGCAAGAGAGUGAAGUGGCCAAGGAACGCAUUCUCCAGAGCAAAAAGAAGAUUCAGCAGGAGUUUGAAGACCUUUCUAUGGAGCUCGACAAUGUCAGGAGCUCUCACAGAGAUUCGGAGAAGCGACAGAAGAAGUUCGAAGCUCAAAUGGUCGAGGAGAGAGCUUCUGUGCAAAAGGCACUCAUUGAUCGGGACACGAUGAGCCAGGAACUGCGUGACAGCGAAACACGUGUCUUGGGUCUUCUCAAUGAUAUUGACGGCAUGAAGGAACAACUGGAGGAAUCUGAGAGACUUCGUCGUCUCUUGCAGCAAGAUCUCCAAGAUUCGGUUAGUCAUUCUGUUAGUUUUCGAUUCAGUUAAACUUGGUUUACAGAUCUCGAACAAAGAUGAUUUCGGAAAGAACGUUCACGAGCUGGAGAAGGCUAAACGAUCUCUUGAAGCUGAACUGAAUGACAUGAAAACGACGAUGGAGGAGAUUGAGGACAAUCUCACUAUUUCCGAAGAUGCUCGACUUCGACUUGAAGUCAAUUAUCAAGCGCUCAAAGCAGAGAGUGAUCGGGCUCUCAGUGCCAAGGAUGUCGAUGCGGAAGAGAAACGUCGCGGUCUUCUCAAACAGAUCAGAGACCUGGAGAACGAGCUGGAGAACGAAAAGAGAGGAAAGUCUGGAGCCGUCAGUCAUCGCAAGAAAAUUGAAAGCCAGAUUGGAGAGCUCGAACAGCAGUUGGAAGUGGCAAAUCGGCUGAAAGAGGAGUACAAUAAACAGUUGAAGAAGAACCAGCAAAUCAUCAAGGACUACCAGAAUGAGUGCGAGGAAACCCGCCAGGCCAAGGAAGACAUCGCUGCUCAGUUGAGAGAGGCAGACAGGAAGUACAGAGCCGUCGAAGCUGAAAGAGAACAACUUCGUGAGGCGAACGAGGGUCUUAUGCAAGCCCGAAAGUUGCUUGAGUUGGAAAAUGAUGAACUCGAGGAGCUGCGAUCAAAGGGAGGAGGCAUUAGCUCUGAAGAGAAGAGACGGCUUGAGGCCAAGAUCGCACAGCUUGAGGAAGAGCUCGAGGAAGAGCAGAACAACUGUGAAAACGCGAUUGACAAGCAGCGAAAGGCGCAACUUCAACUCGAGCAAAUCACAACAGAUCUCUCAAUGGAACGUACUCACACCCAGAAAUUGGACGCCGAGAAGCAAAGUCUCGAGCGCACCUGCAGAGAAUACAAAGCCAAGAUCACCGAGUUGGAAUCGGGAGCUCAAUCGAGAUCUCGUGCUCAGAUGGCCGCACUUGAGGCUAAGAUACAGUACUUGGAGGACCAGCUGAACACCGAAGGACAGGAUAAGACUGCCGCCAACCGAGCCGCCAGGAGACUCGAGAAGAGACUCAACGACAUCACUCAGCAGUUGGAAGAUGAGAAGAGAGCCAGUGAGCAGGCUAAGGAACUGGUAUGUGACCUAUUUCUGAGAAAUCGUUUGGAAAUUGUUUAUUUCAGCUGGAGAAAUCGAACCUCAAACAGAGGAACGUCCGCCGGCAAGUGGAUGAACUCGAAGACGAACUUUCACGCGAGCGAACGAAACACCGCACUCUUCAGCGUGAAACUGACGAUCUUCUUGAUGCUAACGAACAGCUCACACGUGAACUGAUGAACCUCAGGUAACCACAAACUCCUCAAGACUUUUCAUUGUCAAAAUUCAAAAUUGUAGAGGGAAUGCUAACCGGCGACGUGCUGAAAACAUGCGUCUCCGAAGAGGAUUCGACAUUCCGGGAUCAAACGAUAACCUGGCCCGCGAGGAUGAAGUCGAAUCAAACGGUGAGAUAUUGUAAAAAAAAUAAAUUUCUGAAUUAUUGUGAAUUUUACAGUAUCCGGAUCAGAACAUGGACUAUCGGUGAACUAA